AUAGUAAUAAUAGAUUUUCGGCCAUUGUCGAAGCGUUUUUUGUUCGGUGCUAUCGAAUGCGAGAUUCUUUAUUGAAAAUAAGUUUAAUGAGUUGUGAUUAUAAAAUGGAUUCUCAUAAUACAAGUGAACACCCCGCGUGUCAAAAUGACGUUGGGGUGGAAGAUUAUUUUAAAAAUAUAGUAAAUGCAAUGAUUCAACUGACGUCUGAUAUCAAUGCAGAUUUUCCGGAAGAAACAGAAUUGUCUUCUUCUGAUUCCGAUGAAGAAGAAAAGGGUGAUUUCUGGUUUCUGGAAACUACUAGUUGUGAAAACAGACCUUUGAAGAAAGAGUUUUUAUUUUUAGAGAAGCAUUCAUUGGUCAAAAAGAUAAUAUAUGAGGAAAAUGAAGACGAUGACGUCAGUAUUAAAUUGGAUGAAGGUGAGGUUACAAACAGAUUAUAA